AUGGACAAAAAGAGGACAAAAGGGAGGGAUGAUCGUAGAAAGAGAGAGAAGGGAGCAAAAUUGUUGGAUUCCCUGUCGAUUGAUUUAGUUGGGUCACCCGCCAAUUUUCACAAUGGUCAGAGUAUCUUUCAGCUUGGAUUUCGUGCAUUGGGGAAGGUUUUAGACAAGAAUAAACUUGAACAUCG